AUUGGUACUCUCAACUCUGUGACAGCAAGUUUCAGUGUUUUGUCUUUUAAAAAAACUCUUAAAGCUUCUUCUUCUCUCAUCUCAUCUCUCUGAAAAAAUGCCGAGCAACUGUGAGAUUCUGUGCGAGAUCAUUAUCGCGAUCCUUCUUCCUCCUCUCGGAGUUUGCUUCAGGAAAGGAUGCUGCACUGUGGAGUUUUUGAUAUGCCUGGUGUUGACGAUCUUAGGCUAUGUCCCGGGGAUAAUAUAUGCGAUUUACGUGAUUGUGUUUCAGCACCGUGAAGAGUACUUUGAUGAAUACAGACGCCCCAUCUACUCUGCUUGAUUUCUGUUUCUUUGGAACUGUGUUGCUUUGACUUGUACCAAUAAAGUUGCUUUGCAGUUGUUUUCAGAGAUUUGAAAACGUUUGUGUGUCAUUUAUAUGCAAUAUUGAAAGUUUCUUCUGUUAUCAGCUUAUGAACCCUCCUGCUAUGUGUGCUUAUGCAUCAGGUUGUUGACA